GUCGACUUUCGAGCCGCGUCAGCUUGUAUAUUUGGAACCGCGACACACGACGUUCUACUGGUGACUUAUCGCUACGACUAAGCUACAAGCAUGGAUGAAAUUGGCAUCGAGAUACAGAAGCAGGAACCGACCUUCGAGCAUGUUGUAACAGAGAAAGCAGCCCUCUUCCAAGAGCUGCAGGAGGAGGAUCUGUAUAUCAGGUACAAGAAGCUCGCGCGGCAUCUGGAGAUGCUUGAAAUUCAAGAGAGCUACAUCAAGGACGAGCAGGCGAAUCUCAAGCGCGAACUCAUCCGCGCGCAAGAAGAAGUCAAGCGCAUUCAAUCCGUGCCGCUCGUCAUCGGCCAGUUUCUUGAGCCCAUAGACCAACAGACUGGCAUUGUCGGCUCAACAACUGGCUCAAACUAUGUUGUCCGCAUCCUCUCCACGCUCGACCGCGAGCUUCUUAAGCCCUCUUCCUCCGUCGCCUUGCACCGGCAUUCCAACGCACUUGUCGACAUCCUCCCGCCGGAGGCGGACUCCUCCAUAGCCAUGCUGGGCAAAGAGCAGAAGCCUGAUGUGUCGUACCAGGAUAUCGGCGGCAUGGACACACAGAAGCAGGAGAUCAGGGAGGCGGUGGAGCUGCCGCUAACACACUUCGAUUUAUACAAGAAGAUUGGUAUUGAUCCUCCCAGAGGUGUCCUGCUCUACGGCCCGCCAGGCACUGGAAAGACUAUGCUGGUCAAGGCGGUCGCACAUCACACAACUGCGUCGUUCAUCCGCGUCGUAGGAAGCGAGUUCGUGCAGAAGUAUCUCGGAGAAGGCCCGAGGAUGGUUCGUGACGUCUUCCGUCUAGCAAGGGAAAACGCUCCUGCCAUCAUAUUCAUUGACGAGAUCGACGCCAUUGCCACAAAGCGAUUCGACGCACAAACAGGCGCGGAUCGUGAGGUACAGCGGAUCUUACUGGAGCUGCUGAACCAGAUGGACGGAUUCGACCAAGGCAGCAACGUCAAAGUCAUCAUGGCCACGAACCGAGCCGACACGUUGGAUCCUGCAUUGCUGCGUCCAGGACGUCUUGACCGGAAGAUCGAGUUCCCACUACCAUCGCGACGAGAGAAGCGCCUUAUCUUCCAAACAUGUACGAGCAAGAUGAACCUUGGCCCUGAUGUUGAUCUGGAAGACUACGUCUCACGCCCGGAGCGACUAUCGGCCGCGGAGAUUGCCUCCAUCGUUCAAGCUGCUGGGUUGCAAGCUGUGCGGAAAAACCGGUAUAUUGUCUUGCCUGCGGACUUCGAGGAAGCGUGGAAGCAAAACGUGAAGCGUGCAGACGAAACACUGGAUUUCUACCGUUGAUGGGUUUGAGGUUCUGUUUAUUUCUGGCACCUGUAUACUAUUGGACAAUCUCAUCUUCAACCUGCACAUUCUCUUGAGGAUUUCGUUUUUCGCAACUUCUUGCGGGGUGUCGCCUUCCCCAUGUUUUAGGAAGCUCUUUCACUUUAGCGUCUCACCGAUACCUCCCACGG